ACUUACUGGGACAUUAGGGACCAUUUGUGUGUGAUUGUGUUUAAUGUGGCAGCUGACGUUUUAUGAUUUUAGAUUUAGGACAAUACUCAUGUAAUUCUGUAGCUGCGCUUAUUUUGAAAGUUACCGUGAAAUACAGAAGUACAACAAAUAUGUGUUACAGAGAACAACUUGAGCACACUAAAAGGGCUAUACAAUAGAAAGACAUAUUAUUAUGACUUUUGUGUAUAUACCAGUAAAAAAGGCUCGGGCUUGAUCACAUUACUCUAAAACGUAGGAUUAAUUGGAGAGAUUGUUUGUAAACAAAUGCCGGCAGCUUGAAAAGUAAUCAACACUUGUCAGAAAAUGGAGAACGCGAGUAGAUCUGAAAUAGAGCGCGUAUUCAUUAACAAGGAGGAAGAAGCAUUGGUCGUCGUAAAUAAUGGAUGCUUGAGGGAACAUAAGUCAAGACCCAAAGCCGAUUUGGUAUUACUGGUAGCUAGUUGCGUCUGCAAUGCUCUAAUCGUUGGGUAUUCAUAUGCCAUGGGAGUCUUGUUUCUGGAAAUGAAGGAAUCUUUACAUUCCAGCAGAGCUGAAACGGCUAUGGUCCAGUCCAUUACUUUGGGUGUUAUGUGUGGUGGUGGCCUUAUAUCUGCAUUUAUAUCCAGUAUGAUUGGCAAUGGCAACACUUUGUUACUGGGAUCUCUGGUUGCCUGUUUAGCUAUAGCCUGCGGAUUCUUUGUUAUCAGCAUCCUUGUCCUUAUUUUAGUUGUUGGGGUGAUAGGAGGGUUUGGUCUGUGUAAUGUAUUUGUCAGUAUGUUUAUAGCCGUGGGACAAGUGUUUAAGGACGAUUACAAACUGGCACUUGCAGCAUUGAACUUGAGUGGUGGAAUAGCCUACUUUAUAUUCCCAUAUCUCAACGUUCUAAUGAUGCAAAGCUAUGGAUGGAGAGGUGAAAUGCUUAUUCACGUUGGAUUAUUAGCGAACUGUAUUCCAUUAGGAUUAUAUAUAAGAAUUCGUUUACCAAACGAACGGGUUAUGCCUUCGUCAAGAAAGCAUUUUUUCAGUAAUACCUACUUCCAAUCACAUGUGACUUUAUGGAAGGAUCCACUAUAUGUGACAUUUUUUAUUUGCCUGAUUCUAAGAUCUGUGCCCCUUGGAUUAGUAACUUAUUUUAUGUUGGAUAUAGCUGUUUAUAAAGACUUUAAUGAAGUUGAUGGCUCUUUGUUUUUAUCCGGUGUCGGUUUUGGAAAUAUCAUAGGAAGGGUGAUAAUUCUUUUAACUCGAUCACUAAUUAGACUAUCCCCGGUUAAAGAGUAUUGUAUUUAUUGCAUUUUCACUGGAGUUAUGCUAAUCUUUCUUGGGCUUGGUACACAAUAUUGGUUAAUAAUGGCGUUUUCGGCAGCGUUUGGCCUAGGUUACGGGAUGCUGUCUUCUACAGCGAAUAUUGCAGUAUUUGCAAUAUCAGGGGAACAUCGAUACCCAACAGCAUUAGGUAUUUUUAACACAGGGAUUGGUGUAGGCUUUGGGGUAGCAGGUCCAAUAGGAGGUGUUAUUAAAGAUAACGUGGAAUCCUAUGACAAUAUUCUUUACGGAUUUUCUGUUAUUAGUAUUUUAAGCGGACUUUUUUUAUUACUUGUGUCUUGUUUGUGUGGCCAAAAACGUUCAGAAUUACCUGUUGAAGAAGACACCUGAUUCUAAUAAACUUUUUAUUUGUUAUAUUUUACUUGUGUCUUGUUUGUGUGGCCAAAAAUGUUCAGAAUUACCUGUUGAAGAAGACACCUAAUUCUAAUAAACUUUUUAUUUGUUAUAUUUUAAAAUAAAUGCCUUAAAAAUUGUGAA